AGCAAAAACAGAAAGGUGACAAUUUAAUCAAAAGUUAUGCCUCAGUUCAAAAUCCUUUUAACUCACAUUCCAAAUAAUCUAGAACUGGUACUGAGACAGUUACAGUGUUGGAUUUAGAAGUAGGUCUGUCAACGUUAACGCAUGCAAUUCAUCUAAAAAUUUAACGCAAAAAUGUAUACGCAAAUUAAUAAUUUGAUCAAGUUUGAUCCCAACUUCUUCCCGUUAUUGCACUAGCUUUGUGCAAUAAGGGGAAACGGGAGUAAUUCGAUGACAGAGGAGACGGUGUCUGCUCUGCUGAAAGGCAAGUUUCCUUAUAAAAAGCCUCCAGAUGGAAAUUUUGAUUAACCAAAGUUGUGUGCACUUAUUGCCGUGAAGAACUGUCCUUCCACCGAAGCACGACAAGUCUGAAGUACCAUCUUUGGGAAAAAUACAUUUUUGCUGAUUUUAGUAAAGAUGCUAGUGCUGAGACAGGGUCAACAAGCCAUGCUCAUCAAAUGACACUGGCCAAGUGGGGCCGGGGCAACAAAACAGAAACAGUCGAGCUAACUAGCGUAAUCACUAAAUGGAUCGCCACAGACGGCAGGUCCAUCAACAUAGUUCAGGACCGGGGCUUCAAGACAUCAUUCAGACAGCCACAGGCGACUCAUACAAGCUAACUUCUAGAGGAGCUAUUGUUAUGAGAAGACAUGAACUGUAUGAUGCUGAAAAAGCUACGAAAAUGAGGAAGUUGGCAGAAGGUACUUUUAUUGCACUUACUGGAGACCACUGGACAUCAGGAAGUAACCAUAACUACCUCUGUGUAACAGCACACCUAAUUGAUGACAACUGGCAGCUGCACUUUAGGCAUGUUAAAAACAGAAGAAAGGCAUUUUGUCGAAGCAUGCGCUAGCCAGUUUCUCAAAGUUGCAAAUGAGUGGGCGAUAACGGGCAAGGUCACAACUAUUGGAACAGCCGCUGCUCGCAAUAUGAUUGCUGCUGCAAGGAGUCUACCAUUCGAGCAUGUGCUGUGUGUGGUGCACAUGAUACAAAGGGUGAUCUCUGUGGCUUUACGGGACAGCGGAUUUGACCAUGUUUUAGCCAAGUGCCAUAUAAUAGUAGGACACUUCAGACACAGUCCCGCAAACACCACGGAGCUGAAAGCUCAGCAACCCUCUCAUGGACUAAUAGAGGAGUCCCUCGUCCAGGAUGUACCGAAGAGCUGGAAUUCAACUCUUGAAAAGAUAAGGCAGAUUCAACACAACGAAGAUCCACUGGAAACAACGCUGGCACAGCAGAAGCACAACUUCGCCAUGCUAACCUCAGCUGAAUAUGACAGGCUGGCAAAGUUGGAAACAUUGCUGGAGCCCUGCAGGUGAGCUCCUAGUUGGGAAAAAGUAUGCAUCCUUCUCCGUGGUGCUACCUGCACUAUGUCAUCUCCUGCGUACAAUGGAGGUCUCUGAUGUUGACCCUGCCCACAUAGCGCGCUUCAAGGCUACAUUCACCAAGGACCUCAACGGGCGAAAGGAGAACUCAAACCUGUGGUGGUUAAAGGUAGCAAACGCUCGAGAUCCUAGGUUCAAGGACCUUAGGUGCUUGCCCAGAGCAGAGAAGGGAGAUGUGUGGCAAAAGCUGAGUGAGAUGCUGAAGGACAGAGAACCUGCACCACAGACCUCUGGAGAAAAAGUGGAGCCAGAGCCACGAAAGAAGAAGAUGGCCCUCCUACUCAUGGGAUCAGAGUCAGAGUCUGAUGAUGAGGUACUGGCAACAGAUAAAUCUCUAGAAAGGUACCAGGCAGAGCCCUAUGUCAGCAUAGAAACAUGUCCAUUACAGUGGUGGUCGUCACAAGCAGGUACAUGCGAUAAGCUGUCCCAUAUUGCAAAAAGGUGCUUGGCUACACCUGCCUCAACAGUGCCAUGUGAGAGACUGUUCUCUUUGGCAGGCCACAUUCUGCAGAAGAGGAGGUCAGCUCUAUCAUCUGAAAAUGUGAACAAGUUAGCCUGCCUGAGCAACUGGUUGAAAGAAGAGUAGACUGUAUGAUUGGUUGACAGGAGGCAUGUUGCACAGAUGCACACUGACUGAAGUAAUUAUCUUUAACCAAGAAUGUAGAGACUGUUCACUCUUUCUCUUCACAGACGUUAUAUCAUUCCUUUUCUAAAAUAGGCCUACUUAUUAUUGCUUUCAUUUGAGUUGAUGUUACUAUGCAAAACAUUUAGAGGUAAGCUAUUUAUGACUUUGAAGCAGAUGUUACUUUUUAACAGUUGUUGGUUUCUGCUAAAUAUGUCUGCAGUGUUCAUACAGAUGCCUCCACAAAUUAAGAGAUUGUUAUUGAACACUUGUUAAAUAAAAUGUUAAUGGAUGAGACAAUAAAACUGAAGAAUCU